AUCGUUUUUUGGACACAGCUCUGUUGCCAGCGAGGGUGCAGCACCGCCAGCAGCUUCUGGACCGCACUAUGAGUGGAAGUGCAGUCAAGAUUUGUUGCUGGAACCCAUGAUUUAAAAAUGAGCGAAUGAGUUCUACAUAGGUAGAACUUUCAGGUAACUCCUGAGUCUGCAGACAAAAAAAGAAGAUGAAGGAAGAUUGUCCACCUAGUUCACAUGUUCCCGUCAGUGACAGCAAGUUCAUUCAAAAGUCAGAGCUCUUAAGCCUAUUGAAAACCUACAACUGCUACCAUGAGGGCGGAAGCUUCCAGCUGAGACACCGAGAGGAAAAAGGGGCUCUGAUCAUCGAAGGGCUCCUCAAUAUCUCCUGGGGAUUGAAGCGGCCCAUCAGGCUCCAGAUGCAGGAUGACAGAGAGCGAAUUCACCUCUCCUCCACCUCCUGGAUACCUGGACCUCCCACCUGCCCCCUAAAAGACCUACCUCCUCAAGAUGAUGGAGUCACUGCCCAAGUGUCAAGUGCUCAGCCAGAUCAAAGAACUAAAGGUUCCAAAGACAGUUCAGAGACCCUGGAGGAAGAUGAGGAAACCCCACAGCUGAUGCGGACCAAGAGUGAUGCAGGCUGUGUGAUCCAGAGGAGACCCAGGUGCCGUACACCUGGAGAGGCCCAGAGGAUCCGGCGACACCGGUUCUCCAUCAAUGGGCACUUUUACAAUCACAAGACCUCCGUAUUCACUCCUGCCUAUGGGUCCAUGACCAACGUGCGGGUCAACAGCACCAUGACAACCCUGCAAGUGCUCACCCUGCUGCUGAACAAGUUUCGAGUGGAAAAUGGCCCUGGGGAGUUUGCACUCUAUAUCGUUCACGAGUCUGGAGAGAGAACAAAAUUAAAAGACUGUGAGUUUCCACUAAUUUCCAGAAUCCUGCAUGGACCCUGUGAGAAGAUAGCCAGGAUUUUCCUAAUGGAGACUGACUUGGGCGAGGAAGUCCCCCAUGAUGUCGCUCAGUACAUUAAGUUUGAAAUGCCGGUGCUGGACAGUUUUGUUGAAAAAUUAAAAGAAGAGGAGGAAAGAGAAAUAAUCAAACUUACCAUGAAGUUCCAAGCCCUGCGUCUGACAAUGCUGCAGCGCCUGGAGCAGCUCGUGGAGGCCAAGUAGUCUGCCAGUUGCCUGCUUCUUCAUGAGAUCCCAGCAGCUAAAAUAGACUAAAUGUCCUAGCCAUCUCUGACUAGUGACAUUGAUGACAGCUGGCUGAGGGAUCCAGCACCGUCUUGUCUACCUGCCAGAGUACUAUGAAUCCCCAAUGUCCUUAGCUCUUGCCUCAGAGGACCUGGGCCCAGACUUGAACCAAGAGCUUCUUUAGUGGGGACUGUGUGGAAGCCCGGCCUAAAGUUAUAGCACCAACCAUAUUAUGUGACUGGAAGACAUGGUCAAUUAUGUUGGUGCCACCUUUCCAUGUAAGAGACCAUUACUUGACUGAAUACCUGGGCAUUGACUCCACCUGCUUUCCUAGUGUCUGGAGCAGAGCCUUUGUAGGUCCACAAGCCACUAUCAUCAUCCAUGUCUGUCACCAGGAGCACUCCUAGGAAAACUGAGGUUGCCAGCAGAUUUGAUAUGUGCCCUGCUCCUAGCCAUCACUUCACCAUGGUGCCCCUGGCUGCUAAGUAUCUUUGAGCCUCACAUAAUCUGGCACCUGAGCAGUGGAGGUCAGACUAAGAGUAGAGCCAUCUUGUCUCCAUAGCUCUGAUUCUAACCUUACUCAGUAAGAUCAGAAAGGACUGUUUUAAGAAGUUCCUUGUGAGAAAGAUAUUGAUCUGAACAGAGAGAAGAGACAACCUGCAUGAAAUUGGAAAAGGGAAUUCUAUGUUGGUGAGGGUUCAGGAUUGUCUGGGGUCUUCCAGGACCCUCAUCAUCAUCAUCCUGUGGGUGCCGUUGUGUCUUUUGCUCCAUCUAGGCUUGUGUUCUUCCUCACUCCAUGCUUCCCAUCAAAAUGUUAUGAUAAGGGAAAAUGACCGAGGAGAAAAAUUUCUUGAGUUCCCUAGGGCCAGAUAUUGAACAAUGUGCAUUUUUCAUCUGAUGGGGGAAUUUCUGCAAUGCAAAUGUUCUUUGUAAAGCUAUGCAAUAGUUUACAUCUUGUAUGUAAAGUCCUAAUCAAAACAGCAAACUUAAGACUGAAUUCUUCUCCCACUGGGGUGUCUGGGUAGUGGAUACAGGCUUCCAUAGAUAGUAGAGAAGGAAUUUCUGCUUUUCAUAGGCACUUAUAGGAACAGAGUUCCCAUGUUGUGGGAACCCACUGUUCAGGGACAAGGCCAAAACUUUCCCAGUCUAGCUGCAUAGUCACAGACAAGUGCAUGGAGAUGCAGUGUGAAGGGACUCAGAUACAGUUUCUGUUGUCUUUACCCGUGUCAAGAACUUGGUUUCUUAGAUGCUCAGUAAAAGGGUACUGAGUUGAUAUGAAGGUGUUCAGACCAAGUCUUUUUUUUUUUUUUUUGACAAUAUAUAUCUACCCUGACUCAUUUAUCUGAUAAUGUCUGUGAUUGAAUUUGGCAGAGUUGAAAGUGAGUCACAAUCCUCUUCUGUUGAGAUCAUGACACAAUUUCUUCAUGUCUGUGUACAGCCUGGAGCCAGGUAUAGAUAGGCCCAGGGAAGACAUUUGUAGGGCACAGAAUGAAAGUCAUUGGUGGAAGUUUGUGGUCAGCCUGAAUAAUAAAACAGGGUCAUCCCUUACUUCAAAACCCCAGAACCAGGAAGACCUAAGGAAUGCUCAGAAGGGUUCAAGUGGAAUAACAGCUGGACCAGGAGAAGAUGGAAUAGGAGUCAGACUUCUUACUCCCCACAUGGUGUUACUGGCUUGCAUGUAGGUUGGCUCCAGCAAGGCUGUCCUCCAUUAUUCAUCAGUAACUGAGUAAUUGCUUUGUCAGAGGCACCGAAGUGACAAAGGUAAAGUCAGACUUGGCCCUCUACUCAGGGGGUCUGUCAUCAGGAAAACAAGAAGGGGUGGGGGUGGGGGUGGGGGGAGUCAGCAGGGCAGAGCUCUGAACAUCCCUGUAAGGAGACCUGAGGCUGUCCUGAGUCAACCUGUCCCCAGCCCAGGAGCAGGACAGGGAUGUGGGAAGUCAUCUGAUCUUUAGCUCCUCUGUAAACACUUCCCAGUUUUUGUUUGUUUUGGGAGGUUUUCAUUUGUUUUUAAGUCAUUACAAUAUUGCUUAAUUUCAAAUCUGUCUAGGUGUCACUUUUGAAAUAGAUGUUACCAAACUAACUUCUGAAUACCUCAUGAAUACCUCAGCUAAGAAAAAUCACUAGCAAGUUGCACAGAAAAAAGAAAGUAUAUGCUUCUAUGAUCACCUGAGGAUUUAACAUAGUUUUAUUGAUUCUAUCUUUGCUUUUUCUGGAGCAAUUAAAAAACUGCUUAUUAAACUCUCUGCAAGGAUACAA